AAAAAACUCCGUAACAAACUAACAAUAAAAAAAUGAGUAAAUAAAUAAAAGGUUUCUUUAGUACUCCGUCUCGGUCGGCAGCGCAACUCCACCAGUCAUGGCGGAUUCCGAUGAGGGCAGAGAGGAUACAAUUUCUGAAGUAGUAACAGAAUCGUUACUGGAGAGCGUUUUCGAAUUGAAGAGAAUCAAGUGUACUCCUUCCAUCUGCGAUGCGUCUCCAACAGAUACAGAUCGGUCAUUGGUUGCAAUACGAGAUUAUGCUGCCGAUGAUUCUCCCCGCAGUUCCCUCGUCUUCCCUCCGGCGAACCACGAGAACCUCCCGGUCUCCGUGAAUCUCAUCGGCGCUUUCAGUCGCCAGCACCAUCUCAAAUCGUCAUUUUCAUGGGAAUUCCUGUCAUCGCCAUCGGAGUCGAUGUCGUCGUCGUCUCAGUCACGAUUCGUCGCCGAGAAUGACGAUUCGUCGUCUUCAUUCUCUCCGUCGGGCUCCGACUUGGGGGAUCCGCCCAAUCCUCCCCCUUGGACUCAGCCUCCGCCGCCGAAAACGGUUGCCGGCUCGGCUCGGUGGUGGAAUUUCGGAAUUGAAGUCCUACAUUCCAAAAUCAACGGAAUUCUGAAGCAUCUCCGGAGUUUCGCUUCUGUAUCAGGGGCAAUUUCGUCAUCCUACACUCCCGUCGGCAGAGCCACGCUCGCCGCGGCGGUGUUGAUGUUCAUAUACUUCUGGCGGCGGCGGCGGCGGAGAUUGGAGAUCAACAAGGAGAGCAGGGAACAGCUGAUCCGAACAGUCAAAGAAAAAGACAAGAGGAUAAAUCAACUAUUGGAACAAAUUGCAGAAAUGAAUAAACUAUUGGUAGCUCUUCAAAAAGGUCAUCAAUCCAAUCCCAGCUCACAUUAGCUCAGUAAAAGAUGAUAUUAAGUCUCAAUUUCGAAUUUUGUAGAUACAACAACUUGCCUUGUCAAAUAGGAUUCAUAGAAUCAUAGCUCAAGGGCUUAGCUCAAUGAUUCAUAGGCAGUAUUUGGAAGAAGAGACCAAGGUUCGAAUCUUGAUGGUAGCUGUGUGGGAAUUUCAAAUGUUCUGUCGGGUUGAAGUGUGGGGAGCCCAUGGGGGUUGGGAGGUCACCCUUUUUGGGGGAAGGAUUCAUAGCUUAACUUGGUGGUAAUCAAAAGUCUCUAAACUAUUGAAAAAUUUUAGAGUCGCUUAUUUUGGAGUCGUUACUACAAAGGAGGUCAACCA